AUGGCCAGGAUCUCCUUCCUCCUCCUGGCGAUCCUCCUCCUUGCCGUCGCCUUCCCAGCGGAGGUGAUGGCAGGAGGACGAGGAGGAGGCGGCGGCGGCGGCGGCAACCUCAAGCCAUGGCAGUGCUCCUCCAAGUGCUCGUCGAGGUGCUCGGGGACGCAGUACAAGAAGGCGUGCCUCACCUACUGCAACAAGUGCUGCGCGGUGUGCCUCUGCGUGCCGCCGGGACUCUACGGCAACAAGGCCGCCUGCCCCUGCUACAACAACUGGAAGACCAAGGAGGGAGGACCCAAGUGCCCCUAGA